GUAGAUAAAACAGUUGGGGCGUUAAUACAGCUGCGUGAGUUUGCUUUUGCCAGAAGUUUCACAUUUGCAAUAGGCAACAAGCAUCAGUGAAGAUGUUUUUAAAAUAUAAUCGGUUCGAUUUUUCCAACUUCCCGUGGUAUUUUGUCAUUUUGCUGCUGCUGCACUCAUCGAUGGCUAGUGGAGAAAAAGCAGAAACUAAACUCAGGAAUUUACUUUUGAAGGACUACGUCCCAGAAUUACUUCCCGAGACAAACGCCAACGGUUCGGUUGAUGUCCUGAUAACUACAUUUGUGCGUACCAUGGAGCCGCAAUUGCAAAACUUUGUGAACUUGAAAGCAGUGCUUUUAUUUCAAUGGAAUGAUUCACGGCUGAGGUAUGAAGAUCAAAAUCCAGAAAAUAUCAAGAAACUCUCGUUGCAAGGCGAUGAAAUUUGGGUACCAGAUUUGACAGUAUACAAUAUGCACACGUCGCAAAAAUUGCUAGAUCACUCGACGCGUUGUUCAGUUAAUCCAACUGGACUACUGAGGUGCUCUCAGAAAGUAUCCUUGUACUUGUAUUGCGAAUUGAACUACACUGACUGGCCGCACGACACGCAACUUUGCAGUCUCCACAUAGGAACUUGGAUAGAAGAAAAAGUACAUUUGAAACCUUGGCUGAAAAGUGAUGGUAUUAUCAUGACCGCAGGGAAGAAAACCCCCAAAUGGAUUUUGAAGGAAAUUAUCUACAUACCCGAAGAAGUCUCUGGACCUGUCACGUCUAUGGAGUACUCGUUCAAGAUUCAGAGAGUAGACAAGGGCCACUUUGCCCAGUUCAUUGUACCGGCAAAUGUUGUAGCUACUCUAUCACUCUGUGCAUUUUGGAUGCCGCGCGACAAGGGUAUGGUGCGCGUAGGCUUUUCGCUGGCUGUUUUGAUGCUGAACGCACUUUUCAUACAAGAUCUCGGGUUCAUAUUUUGGUUAUCAGGAGGAGAUUUUUUGCCUAAAAUAUGCAAGUAUUUUGCAAAUUUUCUUAUCUGGUAG